UUUUUAAUCUAGACUUGAAAAGCGAGAGUGUGCCUGAAUCCCGCACAUCUGCCGGGAGACCAUUCCACAGCUGCGGAGCUCUGUAAGAGAAUGCUCUGCAGCCUGCCGUAGCCCUGUCUACUUUAGGAACUAAUAGAUAUCCUGCUCCUUGUGAACGAAGCAGGCGAGAAGGGUUGUAAGGGACCAGAAGAUCAUUAAGAUACUGUAUUGUGGUGCAAGGCCAUUCAGAGUUUUGUAGGUCAAUAGCAAUAAUUUGUUGUCAAUCCUAAACUUGACCGGUAGCCAGUGUUAAAAUUCUGCAAUGGGUUGCUGCCCCAUCCUGGGUUAUUCCCUGCCUUAUACUGAUAGCUUCUGGGAUGGGCUCCAGACCCCUGACCCUACAUAGGACAGGCGGGUAGAGAAAAUGGAUGGAUGGAUGAUGUUGAAAUUCAUGUUGAACUAGUUAAUUUCCUCCUAAUAUAUUAGAUUUAUUCUACUGCUGUUUAUUAUACCUUGUAUUGAUCUCAUGUAAUAGAAGUGGUUUCAGAAAAUGGAUGGAUGGAUGAUCUCAUGUGAAUUUUAAUAUGAUAAUAAGUCUGCAAUAUGUUGAUUGGUUUGAACCCUCAAAAUUACAUAUAUAUGUGUAUAUACUAUGACUGUGUACCUACACAUACUGUAGGCAUGGAAGAUUGAUGGAGAUGUAAUUAUAUACCUAUUUUCAUAUAGUAUAAUAAAAUGUUUAUAUAUUGGAAUGAAAUCUGGACCAAUCCAUCUUCUGAUGAGCUCACCAAUUCUUCUCCAGCUUCUAAGCCUCAAGAUGUCGCUGCAGGGAAAAGUGAAAAUCAGUCAAACCAGCAAGAGCAGUGUGAUUUAAGUGAGAAUGGAACCAAAAUAAAGUCAAAAACAAAGAAAAAAGCUUCUCUUAGUGCGUUGUCUGCGAAAAGAGACUGCAAACCUCGGCCUUUUGGCAAAGAGGGGGUUAACUUCACAUACGCAAAGCACAACAUGUUGAAGCCUGAAUCGGGAGUUGUUGAUAUGAUUUCUCCUUGUCAUGAAUACAAGUCAUUUGCAAUUGCUGCUGAUUUGGACAAUCAGAGGUUACAAGCCAAACUUGCCAAAGAAACUUUCAAAUUCGCCUGUGGAUGUAUGAACAUGCGAACAAAUGGCACAAUACACUUCGGUGUGAUGGAUAGUGUGAACGACUCUGGUUAUGUUCAUGGUGAGAUAAUAGGUAUUCCUAUUACAGACAAAGAUGUGUAUGUUGAUGCAUUAGACUACAUGAAUAAGUGCUUUAAAUCUGACAGUGAGCUUGCAGCAGAGUGUAUUCGCCCACCAGAGUUUAUUGAAGUUUCAGACAUUGAUAGCACAGAAAAAUAUUAUGUGGUAGAAAUUGACAUUGUACCAAAAAUAAGUACCGUGUGCAACAAACUGUUCUCUGUCUGUCUGCCGAAUUUCAGGGAAGAUUCAAAUAAGGUGGAAUUUGAAAAGAAAACGGUGUACUAUAGAAAUGGUUCCAAAACAGAACCAAUCAGCAAUCAGGAAGAGUUUUACUCCAGUCUAAGACACAAAGAUGAGCUUAGAAAAGAAGCCGAAAAUGACCAUGCUGUUCCAGAUGUGAGUGUUGACCUUGGAAGAAAACUGGCAGUGUUGAUCACUGAUGGAAAAGGGAAAAUUGAAAAGGAAAAGUGGCACAUUGUUGUUACAAACAGAUUUCAGGAAGAACAUUUGAAAUUCAUUGACUUUUUACUGGAUCUGAAAAUUUUAUGUGUGUUUGACUUCGACCCCGACUCUAAAGCAUCUGGAUUAUGUAAAAAAUACCUUGAGCACCAUGCAACAAAUUUGCAUUUCUUACAAAACUACAAAAUGCCAGAUCAAAUGAGCAUUAAAGACUUUGAAGGUGAAUUGCAUUUGUUUGAACAGGUCAGCUGGAUUUUUUGCAAUGGACGGAAUGAUUUCCGUGGAAACGAGACUCCCUGUGAUGAAAUGACAUGGAUUAAAACUAGAAAGUCAUUUCUAAAGGAGGCAGUGCGUCUGAUCUGUAAACAAAUCUUACCAAACGGCACUUUCUCUGUGAUUUUCUUUCUUACCUCUCCAGUGGAGCUACCGAUCGUUCACACUUUCCAUGAGUUCUUUGCUGAAAUGCAAGGUCAUGAUGAUAUCAUUUGCAUUUCAGAGUCUGAGGAAAAUUACAGCAAAUGGGAAGGUUUUGCUCAGUCAUCUUGCACUGCUCAGACUGUGCAGUCUAAGAGUAUUUCAGGGAUGAAAAUGAGCCAUGUCAAUGCUACAAUUCAGCAGCUUCAGCCCUCCAGAACAAGGGUCUUCAAGCAUCUUUCUGUCUUCAGUAAAGGUGUUUGUCGACUUGAAAAGGUUGAAGAAGAAAGAAUGUCUUCUAUAGAAAUUCUGAGUGUUGACCAGUGUGAUGAUAUCAAAAUUGAUUCUGAGGUUGAAAUCAAAAUCAUUGAAGAGAAUUUUUAUCGAGGGGGUAAAGUGAGUUGGAUGAAUUUUUGGUUGUCAGAGAAGAAACAUGUUGGGGAAUUCAUUCAGAGAGAUACAUAUAAAGAAAUUUACAAAAGCAUCAGUGACCUUCCCAAGUGGAGUAUCAAACAGCCAGACGUUCAUGAUCUUAGAAUAUACCACAAACCAGGUAGUGGUGGAAGCACUGUUGCACGGCAAGUGCUUUGGAAUAACAGGAAAAACUUCAGAUGUGCAGUGGCAAGAACCUCAUUCUCUGCUUCAAAAGUGGCUGAGCACGCUGUGAGGCUGCGAGAGUAUGAGGAAGAUGAUGUACAGAAAUGUCUUCCAGUUCUUUUGCUGGUUGAAGAUAUUGACACAGAAUACCUCGAAGAUCUAAGGAGAGAGCUUGAAUCGGCCAUAAGAACUCGGAAGAUCAAACAAGGGACACUGUGUUUUAUUUUACUAAGCUGCAGACAAUCACGUGAACCAGAAAAAAUGUGCAAGGAGUCACCCUCACAGAAUUUUUCUGUGACUCAUAAACUGUCAGUGGAAGAGAAGAAAGAGUUUGAACGAAAAAAGACUGAAGUUGAAAAGCAAUAUUCGGCCGAUUACAUCAUAACCUUUGUUUUGAUGCAUGAGGAAUUUAAUAAACAAUACAUCAUCAAAUUUGUGAAAGAUUUACUUGAUGGCAUUAACCAUGCAGAUAUUGUCACUCGCCUCAUUCUUUAUGUGGCAUUACUCAAUACUUAUGUGCAAAACUCCUAUCUCUCUCAGUCCCACUGUGAAGCUCUACUACGAACCAUGCAGACAAAUACAGGACAAAGACCAGCAGAGAGAUUCCGAAGGCACUUGUUUGAAUCAUCAUUAAGCGAGCAGGCCAAAGUCCUUUUCAUCCAUCUGAGAGAUGAGAAGACUCAUAUUCAAAACAUACGCAUCCUUCAUCCCUUGAUUGCCAAAGAAGUUCUUCACCAACUUUUGGGCAAUGACCAGCAGCAGAGUGACAUAGCCAUGAAACUACUCAAAGAAGAUGUGCUUUUUCAAAACAAUUUUGGAAAUCAGGAUUACUACAGAUUCCUGCAGGACCUCUGCAUGAGGCGCAACAAGAUCAGUAAAGGAGACAAAUCUGACACUUCAUUUUCUCCCCUCAUUGAACACAUUUUGAACAAGGAAAACCAGGAAAAGGUCUUUGAGGUCCUGAAAGCAGCCUGCACACGGUUUAAUGAAUAUCCCUUCAUUGUUCAGCAGCUUGUACGUUUGUGGCGUACAAUGGAGAAGUUGCAGGCAGCCGAACAAUGGGUAGACUUGUAGUCAAGACCGCCUAAACCAAGACCAAGACGCUACCAAGACCAGAGGGUAUCGAGACCAAGACAAGACUAAGACCAAGACAGACCGAGUCAAGACCAAGACAAAGUCGAGACGAGACCGAGACCGAAAGAAAGACUCCCUUAACUUUUGUGUGCUGUUGAGAGCUGACAUGACGGGUACUGACUGGUCCCAAAGUCAUCUGACAAAACAGCUAACACCUCCAACAACUGUCUAAAGAAUGGGAAAUAUGU